UAUUUAUAUUCCCUCUGGUUUUCGCUCUCAUGCCCUUCCUCCUCCGCCAAAGCUCUUGUUCCUCCUCUCUUCGCCACCGCCAUUUUCGUCGGAAUAUCACUCGAAUUUCCCUUCGCCCGUAAUGGACGGAUGUAGAUUCGUAAUCGAAGCGCCAGAAGUCGAAUCCAUGGCCAAACAAUCGGGCCGCACAAUUCCUCUGCUUCUUCCAUCUCUGGUCAAAUCGGCGCAGAGUCUAGCCCGGCCGCCGAUAUCGAAAUACCACGUCGGCGCCGUCGGUCUUGGAUCCUCCGGGAGAGUGUUCUUCGGUGUCAAUCUUGAAUUCCCCGGUCUUCCUCUUCAUCAAUCUGUUCACGCCGAACAAUUCCUCGUCACAAAUCUCGCCCUAAACGGCGAAUCUCACCUCAAUUACCUUGCUGUCUCCGCCUUCCCUUGCGGCCAUUGCCGCCAAUUCCUCCAAGAAGUUCGCUCCGCCGCCGAGAUCAAAAUCCUCGUCUCUGAAUCCGAUUCCAGUUCCAACGAUUACGUUCCUCUCCCCCAAUUUCUCCCUAACCGAUUCGGUCCCGAUGACCUUCUCGAUAAAGACGUUCCAUUACUCCUCGAGCCCCGAUUUAACGGCCUAACUUUAUCGAACGAAUCCGCCGGAAAUGAAAAGCUCUGUAAUGGCACUCACGGUGGCGAUUUGGAGAAACUCAAACGCGCCGCCUUAGAUGCCGCGAAUAUGUCCCACGCGCCGUACAGUAAAUGUCCGUCGGGAGUUGCGUUGAUGGACAACAAUGGACGAAUCUACAAUGGAUCUUACAUGGAAUCGGCUGCGUAUAAUCCAAGUAUGGGGCCGGUACAGGCGGCGAUAGUGUCGUACAUCGCCGGCGGCGGUGGCGAAUAUGAGAGAAUCGUCGCCGCCGUGUUGGUGGAGAAGGAUGGCGUGGAAGUGAAGCAAGAACAAGCGGCGAGGCUGUUACUGGAGACGAUCUCGCCGGAAUGUGAAUUUAGGGUGGUUCAUUGUAUCGCCGCCGUGUGAUUGGGCGGAGGAAAUUAAUUGUUGGAGGUUAACUCAAAACUGUUUACUGCAUGUUAAUAAAAAUGAUGUCGAAUUUUCACAAAUAAUUAUUUUGGUAAAUAAAAAAUAGGGUCUGUUGAGAAAUAAAUGGAUCGUUUUUUUCUUGGGUUAAUUUGAAUGGCAAUUUCCGAGA